AUGGGUUGGUUUUGGGCAGAUGCGCCGACGUCAUCGGCUUCAGCUUCGACUUCAGCGUCGCAGACAGCCAAACCACCUCAUCACCCGCAUAAAAUGGCAGGAAACAUGGAUAUUCCUCCAGAAUGUCCAAUGCACCGACCUAAAGACCCCGCUGCCACUGCCCCACCACCACCUCCACCAACGAAUAACAUACUCUCCACAUCCUUCCAAACGCACUCAUCAGACGCUAUAUCUGAACUUCAGCCAGUAGAACAGCAUGCCGAACCAACAGCUUCCCGUCCUUGGUCGUCCUACUUAAACCCUCUAAACAUGAUGCCUAAACUCUCCAAUACUCCUGCACCGCAACAAAAGAGCUCACUGCCUACCUCUCGUAUCAUAUCGUCAAUACCAAAGGGAACCCACCCUUCGGAGGGGAACUGGGAGUAUCCAUCCCCCCAGCAGAUGUAUAAUGCAAUGUUAAGGAAAGGAUACGAUGAUACACCCGAAGAUGCGGUGGAGGAUAUGGUUGAUGUUCAUAAUUUCUUGAAUGAAGGUGCUUGGCAGGAGAUUGUGGGGUGGGAGAAACAGUUCGCGGGAAGUAUCUGGAGGGGCGUAAAGAUUGCCGGGAAAGGGGGUUUAGGUACGGCAGAUAAGGAAGAGGAGGGUGGGGUGUUUGAAAAUAAUGUGAGUCGGGAAGUGGAAGUACAGGCUAGGCCGAGGCUAUUGAGGUUCCAAGGACGCCCUGGGGAUUUGAGUCCCAAGGCGAGGAUGUACCACUAUUUGGGAAUGGUAUUUCCACAAUUUGGGAAUAUGCCAUUUGACAGACAUGAUUGGUAUGUUCAGAGAUCUACAUCAGAAUCUGAAGGAACGGAUGGGAACAAAGAGGAGGUUAGAUAUGUAAUUGAUUACUAUGCUGGAGAAACCGGGCCCACAGGGGAGUCCAUUUUCUACCUGGAUGUCCGGCCAGCUAUUGAUCGGCCAAGGGCGCUAUUCGAGCUAGGAAUCAGGUAUGGAGGGGAUAUCUGGUGGAAGGCCAGCGGAGGAGCAGUCAGAGAGGAGGAAAGGAGGAGAAAGCAAGCCGAGAGGGAAGGGUUUAGCCAGUGA